UGUAAUAUUCAACAACUAAAUUCAUCUUUAUUAAUGUAACUUUUAACUUCUCAAGUGCACAAACAGUUUUAAUCAUUAAUUGUGAUCAGUAACUCAAUUGAACAAUUAAAGUGAUAAACUAAUUCAUAUUAUCAAGAACUAUUAAUUUGUUCUGAAGUGAUCAUCAAUAUAUAAUCUUAAUCAGUCAAAGGAAUGAUGUUUUAAUUUAAUUGUGGACCUGGAGUGAAUAUUAACUAAGAUGAUUAAAUGAAAAUAAUUAUCAUGAAACUUUCAAUUGGAUUAAAAUUGUUAUUAUUAGCUAAACUUCAAUUGAUUAAUUGUCAACAGCCAGAAUCAUUAAACGAUUAUAAUGGGACAACCUUACCGUUAAUUGUUGAAUCAAAUCAUGAUGAUUAUCAUGAUGGAGAUAAAAAUGGAAUCAAAUUUCAAGGUGUGUUAAUAUUAUGAAAAAGAUUCUGGUGGACAUCUUGAAGAUUACGAUGUCAACCCUGAAUAUGAUAAUAGGAGUGAAAUUAUGCAAAAACUUCAGGCUUACGUUUCAAAUCGAGCCAUUGAUGACACUGCAUUCACCUACUUGACCCUUGCAUAUAUUAUCCUGAUCAUUUUGGGUGCAGCGGGCAAUGGACUGGUCUGCAUGGUGGUCAUCAGGAAACCUUCAAUGAGAACACCAAGAAACGUAUUCAUCAUCAACCUCGCCAUCUCUGACCUUUUACUGUGUUUAUUCACAAUGCCUUUCUCACUUGUUGAAAUUGUCCUCAAAUUCUGGCCUUUAGGUGAGGCAACAUGUAAAUUAGUUGCUGGACUUCAAGCAACCUCAAUAUUUGUAUCAACAAUCAGCAUCACUGCAAUUGCCUUGGAUCGAUAUAAAGUAAUUGUUAAUCCUAAUUGUGAACCCUGUCAACCAAUUAACACCUUUAUCACACUCUCAGCAAUUUGGUUAACCGCUUUGGCCCUUUCAGCCCCACUUUUCAUUUACCGAACCGUUGAAAGUCACCCGAUCAACAUUCUUUGGCUCAAAUCGAUCGAUUAUUGUAUUGAAAAGUGGCCUAUCGAUCAUGGUCGAGCUUUGUACUCGAUAUUAUCUAUGAUAUUCCAGUACGUUUGUCCGUGUAUCAUUGUGACAAUGGCCUACAUUCGGAUUCUGAAAAGGCUCAAAUACCGAAUGGACCAGAAAAAGUUGGGUGGACGAUCUUGUCCAGAGAAACAACGACGCGAGGCCUCGAAAAAUCGUAAAACUCGAUUACUUUUGAUUUCGAUUUCAUUCAUUUUUGGCAUCUCUUGGUUACCAUUGAACAUUGUCAACAUUGUCGCCGAUCUUUACUUUCCCUUUGACAAUUCACAGGUUUACCGGGUGCUUUUCGCUUGCUGCCAUUUAGCGGGUAUGUCAUCCGCCUGUUCAAACCCGCUACUUUACGGGUUUCUUAAUGAUAAUUUUCGCCGAGAGUUUAGAGAACUGUUUGUCCAUUGUUGUCCAUCACUGGUCAAUCCAUCGACGUCACAUUCAAUUCACGAUAAUGAAGACCGAAUCAUUGACUCAAUGUGUUUACAAACUUACACCAAAGAGCCCGUUUCAACCUCCCGACAAGAUCCCGAGGCAAGAUGAUGAUCAUGAGACAAUUAAAAUAUCAAUAAUUAAUACAUAUAACUCAAAUUAACUUACCCAACUUCAUUAAUCUGUGAAUAUAAAUUAAAUCCUAAUCCCAUAACUUAAUUUAUAAAAAAAAAGUAAAACAACU